CGACUGUCAGCAAAACUGUAGCGUUAAUAAACUGCAUCAGGUGGACAACCGGGAAGUCCUGAGGUUUGUCCAGAUAUGGAAAGAUAGAACCAGUCAGAAAUGACUGGAGUGAGAAAUGGGGACCAACAGCCAGAGGAGCAACGAGGCGAAUGUCAACGCUCAGUGUGGCGAGGACAGUGCGAUGCCCAUUGUUUCUGUAAAAGGUUUGAAAGAAAACUGGCAGAGAUGGUCCAAUGAGCACCAGGAGAACCAGAAGCUCAAUCCCUUCAGUCACGAUACCAGACCAAGUGUAGUGGCCCUUCAAAGGGGACAGGAUGACUACGGGAGACCCCAGCAGGGCUCUCUGACUGAGAAACGUGGGAAGGAGGCUCACACACACAUCGGCAGAGAGGUCCAGAAGCUGUGUGAGGUGAUAAGGAACAUAGGGGAACUAAAAGAGGAGGAGGAUGGAGACGGCGGCAGGAGAAAAACGAUCAUGGUUGAAUUUGGGAAACUUUUUGAACAUUAUGUGACCAUUUCUAAUACCCUGGUGGGAAUUCUUUUACGAGCCAGAAAACAGGGACUGGUGGACUUCAAGGGGGAGAUGCUGUGGCAAGGGAAGGAUGAUCAUGUAGUUAUCACUUUGCUGGAAUAAGCAAAUGUUUGGGUUUGUUUCUAUAUCUUGAAUCAUGUUGUACAUAUGAACCCUACAACUACACACUGUAGAAACUGGAGGUGGCCUCAAUGACUUAAAUGAUUUAACCCUCAGAAAAAACAACCCAUAGCAAGCAAAGCAAUAUAGUUUCAUACCCAAAGAAUGCUUCUAUUAAAGGAUAUCAUUUGAUAAUUAUGAAAGAAAAUACUACAAUUAGGGGGGAAAUACCUGUCAGCAUUAAUAACUGAAACAUCUGUUUUCUGGAUACUUUUAUCAGCUGCUCACAUUGUUCAGCUGGGAUUUUGACCCACACUUUAUUACAAUUUUUUGUAGCUCUGCUGGUCCCAACACAACAAUUCAGUCUAGGUUGAACUGUACUUUGACUAGGCCACCAGAAGGUCUUAAUUUUUUAUUUUAGCCAUCCCAUGGUAUAUUCAUUGCUGUCUUUGGGAUUAUUGCCCUGUUAGACACACUAAACUAAGCUCUAGCUGAAAUAUAUUAUUUCUGACUAAGGAAUACUUUGGUGUAAAAAAGUAUUCAUUGCCAAUUCAACAUUCUUCAGAUGCAAUUUACCCAGAUGGGUGAUAGGUUUAACACAAUGUUUUCCAUGAACAACUAUCCCCUUUCUAAGAGAAGCAUGGAUGCACUGUUAUUUAAAUUUAUAUGUCUUCGUCCUUUGGUUAUUAAGUACGACUUAUUUGUUAAAUAAUUUAAUCAGUUGAUUUUGCUUGUUGUUUUAAGUGAUUAGAUGAGGAAAAGAAAAUCCUCUGCUUCCUUAAAACUCCACUGCUCUUUUAUUAUGUAUUGAAAGUAGAUGAAUGAGCAGCUAAAGUCAGAGUGUUAGAGGGGACUGAACCGACGCCAAAGAGAACACAAAGCCUGCCUGUGACAGAUAAUAUGGUGCUAUAGGAUGAACCUGAUCCGACUUGGCUGGAUGUCUCACGCUAUGUAUUUAUUACACAGCUGCCCUGUAGUUACGCUGUCAUGGUGGUAACACAUUUUUCCUGUGUCUGAACCACAGUUAGAUGUACAGUGAAAUCAUACCAGUCACAAACCCCACCAGAGAUUUAGAAAAUAUUACACCAGCCAUUAGGGGCAACAUUGUUUAUUCGUAAUUAAUAAAGUGCAUAUGUAUUGUACAAAACAUGCUAUAAUGUUAAUACUCUUAUAUUCAGUUCAUAUGUAGCAGUUAUGAAUGACAAUGCUCUAUAUUCUGAUGAAAGGUGAACAUGCGCUGUAAAUUUAAAAGCUUCACAACUUAAUGGUCUGUAUUUUCUCUAUUUUCUUAGUUUGAAUUCUGAUUCCAAUUAUGUCAAAGUAG